UGUACUGGGGGAGGCCAGGGGCAAGCAGGCCAAGGCCUGGCCCCGAGAAGGAACAUGGAGCCAUCCGAGUCCCUGCGGCGUGGGGGCGAGCAAAGCUGGUGGGGCAGUGCCCCCCAGUACCAGUAUAUGCCCUUUGAGCACUGCACCAGCUAUGGACUACCCUCCGAGAAUGGGGCCCUUCAGCACAGGCUCCGGAGGGACGCGGGCCCCCGUCCCAACACCCGCCCCACGCAGAUUUAUGGCCAUCACAAACAGCAGCUCCCACCCAAGAAGCAGGGCACGGGGGUGCCCCAGAAGACAGGCUCCAGUGAGAGCAUGGACGGCAAGGAUGAGGAUCACUAUUCUAAAUGUCAAGACUGUAUGUGCUGCCUGGGACACGUGGUAAGGAGGAAAUUAGGAGAAGACUGGAUCUUUCUGGUGCUCCUGGGACUGCUUAUGGCUCUGGUUAGCUGGAGCAUGGAUUAUGUCAGUGCCAAAAGCCUUCAGGCCUACAAGUGGACCUAUUACCAGAUGCAGCCCAACCUGCCUCUGCAGUACCUGGUCUGGGUCACCUUCCCACUAACGCUCAUCCUCUUCAGCGCCCUCUUUUGCCACCUCAUCUCUCCCCAGGCAGUUGGUUCCGGGAUCCCUGAGAUGAAGACAAUACUCCGUGGGGUCAUCCUGAAGGAAUAUCUCACCCUCAAGGCCUUUGUGGCCAAGGUUGUGGCCCUCACUGCAGGGCUGGGCAGUGGCAUUCCUGUGGGGAAAGAGGGCCCAUUUGUGCACAUCGCCAGCAUCUGUGCUGCUGUCCUCAGCAGGUUCAUGUCCAUGUUCUGCGGGGUAUAUGAGCAGCCAUACUAUUACACUGACAUGCUGACGGUGGGCUGUGCUGUGGGAGUUGGCUGUUGUUUUGGGACACCACUUGGAGGAGUGCUGUUUAGCAUCGAGGUCACCUCCACCUACUUUGCUGUGCGGAACUACUGGCGAGGAUUCUUCGCGGCCACGUUCAGUGCCUUUGUUUUCCGCGUGCUGGCCGUGUGGAACAAGGAUGCCGUCACCAUCACUGCCCUCUUCAGAACCAACUUCCGAAUGGAUUUCCCCUUCGAUCUUCAGGAACUCCCAGCCUUUGCCAUCAUCGGGAUUUGCUGUGGGUUCCUGGGAGCUGUGUUUGUGUACCUGCAUCGCCAAGUCAUGCUUGGUGUCCGAAGGCACAAGGCCCUUAGCCGGUUUCUGGCGAAGCACCGCUUGCUGUAUCCUGGAAUCAUCACUUUCGUCAUUGCCUCGUUCACUUUUCCGCCAGGAAUGGGUCAAUUCAUGGCCGGAGAGCUGAUGCCUCGGGAAGCCAUCAGCACCCUGUUUGACAACAACACCUGGGUAAAGCAUGUGGGUGACCCCGGAAGCCUGGGCCGGUCGGCCGUGUGGAUCCACCCACAGGUCAACGUCAUCAUCAGCAUCUCCCUCUUCUUUAUCAUGAAGUUUUGGAUGUCCAUCGUGGCCACCACUAUGCCCAUACCCUGUGGAGGCUUCAUGCCCGUGUUUGUGCUAGGAGCUGCAUUUGGAAGACUGGUAGGAGAGAUCAUGGCCAUGCUAUUCCCUGAUGGUAUCCUAUUCGAUGACAUCAUCUACAAGAUCCUACCUGGGGGCUAUGCAGUAAUUGGGGCAGCAGCGCUGACUGGUGCAGUGUCCCACACGGUCUCCACAGCUGUGAUUUGCUUCGAGUUAACGGGUCAGAUUGCCCACAUCCUCCCCAUGAUGGUGGCUGUCAUCUUGGCCAACAUGGUGGCACAGAGCCUGCAGCCAUCCCUCUAUGACAGCAUCAUCCAGGUCAAGAAGCUACCCUACUUGCCUGACCUUGGUUGGAACCAGCUCAGCAAAUUUACGAUCUUUGUUGAGGACAUCAUGGUGCGUGAUGUGAAGUUUGUUUCAGCUGCUUGCACAUACGGGGAAUUGCAAGCCCUGCUCCAGACCACCACCUUCAAGACUUUACCACUGGUUGAUUCGAAAGAUUCCAUGAUCCUGCUGGGCUCUGUGGAGCGGUCAGAGCUGCAGUCGCUCCUGCAGCGCCACCUGAGCCCUGAGCGGAGGCUGCGGGCAGCCCAGGACAUGGCCCGGAAGCUGUCAGAGCUGCCUUAUGAUGGAAAGGCGCGGCCUGCUGGCAGGGGGCACCAAGGCAUCCUGCCUGAGGCCCGGAGGGAGUCCUUUGCCUUUGUGGAUGAAGAUGAAGAUGAGGACGUCUCUGGGAAGCCGGAGCUGCCUCCUCUCCCUGCUCCUCACCCCUUUCCUGCUGCUCCAUUGUCCCUGGAAGAGCCCAAUGGACCCCUGCCUGGCCACAAACAGCAGCCAGAAGCCCUGGAGCCUGCAGGUCAAAGACCCUCUUUUCUCCAGUCCCUACUGCGCUGCUUACUGGGCAGACCUCGCCCCACGAAGAAGAAAACAACCCAGGAGUCAACGGAUUUGGUGGACACCAUGUCACCUGAAGAGGUUGAGGCCUGGGAGCAGGAGCAGCUGAGCCAGCCCGUGUGCUUUGACCACUGCUGCAUUGACCAGUCUCCGUUCCAGCUGGUGGAGCAGACGUCUCUGCACAAGACCCACACGCUCUUCUCGCUCCUUGGCCUCCACCUCGCUUAUGUGACCAGCAUGGGGAAGCUCAGGGGCGUGCUGGCGUUGGAGGAGCUGCAGAAGGCCAUCGAAGGGCACACCAAGUCCGGGGUGCAGCUCCGCCCUCCGCUCGCCAGCUUCCGGAGCACAAGCACAGCUCGGAAGAACCCUGGAGGCCCGCCCCCUCCCACCGACCCCUGGAGCCUGCCUGAGGAUGGAACUGGGGUUGCCGGGCCUUCGGACGGGCCUCUGCCCCCCCCAGAGACCCCCGUCCCCUCCCCCUCCCCGGAGCCCCCUCUCUCGGGGGCUCCAGCCAAGGCAGAGGGCGAGCUGGAGGAGCUGGAGCUGGUGGACAGUCCGGGGCCGGAAGAGGAGCUGGCUGACAUCCUGCAGGGCCCCAGUCUGCGAUCCACCGACGGAUCCACCGAGGAUGAGGACGAACUGAUCCUGUGACGCUUCCGGGACCUUCUCCUACAGACUGUCCAGAGGCCCUGGCCACCUGCUGCCUUUGUGUGGGAGAGGGUAUGUCCGAAGUCGAAGGGAUCACGCCAAUGUCCUGCCCCCUCCUGGUAAUUUUAAAAUGGGAAGGUGAUAGUCUUAGAGGAGGGUUCCUUAUGCAGAGAGAAGCCUUCAGUUAUUUAGGCCACGCCCCCCCAGCCAGCCAGGUAGGGGCUUCUAACCCCUGCGAAGGGCCUGAUGGUCCCUGGGGUGGGGUUUUCCGAUUCUUCCUAGUAUGUGGGUAGGACAGCCCCGUGGUGGUCUUGUCCCCACACCUUCCUGGCUCUGCCUAUGCGUCUGCCAAUCUCCAUGGCGGGUACUCACAAGGACUGUGGCCUGUGAAGGAGACGGGAGCCCCUCAUGGCCUCAUGGGUGGACAGCCCGGAACGCACCUGGAGCAGUCCACACCCCCACUCAGAUUCCCCCACCCCGUUCUCCCACUGGCUCACACCUGCUCCCUGAAAUUUUCCCAGCCCCUCCAUCCUGGCUCCUACUACCUGUCAUCAGGCAAGGGCCAUUGCUAGGGCACCAAAAGGCCAGUCCCAUCGCCCCCUUCUUUGCCUCAGACUUAAGGAGUGCAAUGUGGACAAAGGAGGAGCAGGCUGACAGAGAAGAGGUCUCUGGAGGAAGGAGGGUCACCCAUACCUCCUUUAGGCAGAAAUCUAGCCCACACCUCAGCUUCCUCGCCCUCCAGUUUCCAGGUCACUCCCUGGAAAAUACACCCGCCUCCCCACUGUCAUCAUUGAUCUGUCCUGCCCACAUGCCAGCUGUGCCCUCCAGUUGCUGUGGCUGUGGCUCUCCCGGCCGGAACCAAGGCUCAGGGCAGCCAGGUCUUGGGCCACUCAGACACCAGCCUUUAGACUGGCUGUGUUCCUCUUCUAGACGUGUGGAGAGCGGAGGGUUCAUAGUCAAGAUGGCAGACCACUUUGAUGCUUCCCAAGCUGGGGAAGUCAGAUCCGUGUCCUCUCCUAAUCAGCAGAGUGUCUGCUGUUAGUCUGUCUUUCCUACAAAGUGGUUUUGGGUGCACUGAGCCUCCGCACCCCAGGCUUUCCUCCUUCCCUCCUUUUAUGCCUUGUCUGACUCUGCAGUCUUACCGCCUUUACAUUCUCCUCCUCCCCUCCUCUGUGCCCAGUCUCCGUCAUCCCCCAAAUAAGACACUCAUAGUCAGGUGUGCCACCACGUUCUGUUUAGUGCCAUUGAACACAGCCUGUAGCCCUCUCCAACAUCAUGUUCCUUCCACCUCCCCAGGCCGAGAGAGAAAGGAGAGAGAGAGAGAGAGAGAGAGAGAGAGAGAGAGAG